CCUGCAUACAGUCUCUCUGCCAGUGUUAGUGCCUCACAAUAUGUGGAAAAUCGCAAGUACACUCCUGCUGGCAUGCUGCCUCCAUGCAGCUCUCGCUCAGACCCAGGGUCACAAAGACAUAGUAGAUCACAGGAGGAGCAUUUGGGAAGACCCGAUCCAGUUUGUUACCAAAGGCACCAAAGAUGAAUGCUACAUCAGUGUGGCGGGACAAGGCAAUCUGACUAAGCUUCGCAUCUCAUGCCACGGGCAGGAGCGUUCUUACUGGUGCGAGUACCAUGGCAACCCUCAUGUCUGCCGCUCCUACAACAAUAAUCCACAACAUUAUUUCACACAGAUCAUGUGGAAUCUCCGCAAGUUGCAGAAUGCCUGUCUGGGCCAGCGUGUCAUUAAGCCUCUCAUGUGCAAGAGAGCUUCCGACGAGGCCCAGAUGGUCCUCACAAUCUCAUCUUCACCUGACAUUAUGCCAAAGGACAGGCCUUCCAGACCGACCUCUGCCAGACCUGAGCAGGUAAAACCACAACAAAGCAGACGAGAGCAGAGACCAAAGCCAACUAAACCAGUGCAAACACAGCUCCAAGAACUGAGACUCCAAAUGCCAAGAACUCCUCAGGACAAGUCGAAUCAGCCCAAAGCAGUCAAAUCCACCACAACAAGGAAAAUACUGAUAUCAAGGACAACAGUGCCGAAACCAACCCAGUCAGUACCUCUGAGUGAAUCCAAGAAACUUGCUCAGGAUUACUGCUGGCGCUCCUUUCAGGGUGUGUGUUCAUUUGUCAUUGGAUGGUUCAAAAACUAAGAAAAAGACAACAAACCCCAAUGAAGAUGACUCCAUGUGUCUGACAAUGUGCAGAGUUGAGCUGACGGAGACAAAUGGAAGACACAAAUGUGUGUGUUCUUGAAAUCGAAAAGACUGCCGGGUCAGCGGUAUAUUGUUAUGUAUUUAAAAUAGACAGAAUCUGUGUUUUUGUGAAUUCUUUGGACAUAACGUGAUUACAUGUGUAGCAUGUUUGAACAUGUUUUGUCCUCAAUUAACUACAGUAUAUGAUGAGGUAUUGCAUCUUAUCAUGUGUACUGAACAUUAUGUGUGUAGAAUAAUCUGUAUUAAUCCUUUUUUAAUUAAUACUAUAUUAUGUAUUUAUGGGUGCUGCUGACCAAUUAUGGGUUAACACUUUUGAAAGCUGCAGAAUUUUUUGAAAACAAAUAAAGUUCUACAGAAGGUAUGUUCAGAUUGCAGUCAGGGCCGUAAGCAAGGAACUCAAGGCCCCCUGCCUGUAUAUUGCUCUGGGCCACUUAGCUACAAAAUAAAUACAGUUUUUAAUUGUUUGGGUAACCGCUGGACCAUAGAAUCAUUACCACUUUUCACCCCACUAGUUACGGCCCUGAUUGCAAUAUCAGUGAGUGUGGAUAAACAAUGUACAUGGAGAUUUCACUGUGUCUGCUGCAAUUUAGAGUUGAGUAUAUAAUGUUAACAGGUCAUAUUUGAAAUGUAUUAAUGUAGACGUGUUGUGAAUACAUUUGAGCUCCUUUCACCUUUACAUUCUGUGUUCAUUUCCAAAAGAGUGACAGAGAUUGCAUUAGAAAGGCUUGGAAGUUUGUCUCUAUUAGGGUUUUAGAAAUGUAUUGCAUAAUCAUAGAUUAAGAUUACCAGUUACAAUUAUUGUUCUAUGUUAGCUAUAUUAUGUAUUUAUGCAUCCGAUGGGUCAUUGUCAUGAAAGCAGAAA